GUCUGGUGGAAAAGUUUCCCCAGAGUCAGCUGAUGGACUAAUAAUAGUCCCGGUCCUGGUGUGUUGACGCCUGCAGCACAGAGACCAGCAGAGCUCAGUGGAAUCAAACAUCCAUCCCUCAACAGCUGAGAAUUGGACUGAAGGUCCCAACAGAACCGAGCCGACACCAGCAGAGAAACACAGGAUGGGAUCAGGGAUGAGUGAAGAGGAGCGGAGAGACACAGUUCAAGACAAUUUGGAGAAAGAUGUGGAGAAAUUUACAAACUGUCCUGAUGUGACGGUGAAUGAAGCCGUCGUCAUGUUCUGCAGCCUGUCUUCCUCAGAGCUCCUCCAGCAGCACCUCAGCGACAGGAAACAGAGGAACUUUCCCGCCACAGACUGGAUGAAGAGACUCGCAGAGAAGCUCGCCAACCUGUCACCGGAUCCCAGACUGGCAGGUCUCGGAGCGCUGGCCAUCACCAUCUUCAUCGACAUCAUUUCAGCCUCUUCUUCUUCUUCUGAGACCGUGAAGGAGGCUCUGAGGUGUGUGUUUGCUGAGGAGAAGGCCUCCGAGGUCUGGGAUCUCAUCGACGAGUGUCUGAAGAGAUGCAUGAUGCACGUCGACAACACAGAGGAGCUGCUGGGCGACAUCAGAAGGAUCGAGGUCCAGCUGAGCGCCGCCAUCACCAGGCUGAAGAACUCCAUGGUGAGGGACGGGCACAUGACGUCUGAGGCUCUGAAGGCCUGGGUGAACGGGGCAGCCUUCCACAUCCAGGUGCUGAUUCACCUGGUGAGACUGGGAGGGAUUCAACACUGUGAUCCUGUGGAGAGACUCAUCUCUGCUUACCUGAGCGACCUGGACCUGCUGUUCAACAAGCACAGAGAGGCAGUGGAGAAGAAGUGCAGGAAGGGAUACACCUUAGACGAGUCUCCCUGGUCAGCGUGGCCCUACUUUGAGACUGAGGAGGGAGAGUCGCGCUCCAUGAUACCCAGCAUCGGGUUUGAGAGAUACUUUGAGGCUUAUUACGAGGAACAUUACAGCAGGCAGAAGGACGAGAUCAGCAGGUACUUUAUGACAGUCAGAGACGAGCUGCCAAGGCUCGUCAGUCUGGUGGGUCAUCUCAAUGUCCAAUGACAGGACGAGUUCAGACAGGAAGAGCAUAACAGCAGGAAGUGGAGCAGGAAGUGCCUUGUGGGCGGCAUUUUAACCCCAUCGAGACGACAGGCUCUGGACUGUCAGACAGACAUCAGCCUCCACAGGGGGCGCUGUGGCUCAGAGAGCAGGUUUGCUGAUCCUCUGCAGGUCCUGUAACUGAAAAACAGAACGGCAGGUGAAGCUCAUCCCCACAUGGCACCCACUGUAGCUUUCACCUCUGCAAGUGACACAGGGACAGACAGCAAAGUCCAUGAGUCCGUGUCCUGCUGAACCAGAACCAGUGUUCUGAGGUAUGUGUUUUUGUAUAUUUUCAUUCCAUGUGGUUUUAUACUUGUGUUAUUUUUCAGUAAUUUUCAGUAAUUUUCAGUUACAUUAUUUCAAAUAUACAAUGUGCUCAUAAAACACAUUAUUAAAGAUGCUUUUUGUCUUUUGACCUCUGAUGUGAGAUUAUUGUGUAAUUGUGUCUUUGGUCAUUUUUCACAGUCGCUGAUUGUUGUUUGAGAUAUUUCUCCUCUGACAUGUUUUAAUAUCAGUAACUGUUCAAAUGAUCAAGAUGUAAAUAAAACAGGGUAAGAGAAAUAAUAAAGAAUGAGGCUGAGAGUUGUUCAGCAGCCAAAGGAAAGCUGGAGCACAAACAAACAAACAAACAAACAGGUGCUGAAGAAAUGUUGGAGAGGAGUGCAGCUGAUGUCGGACAAACCAAGGUGUUA